AUGUUAAGAUGGUAUUUCUAUGUAAUUAUUGUAGUCCUGGAAUAAGAAACUAAGAAAUCAUAACAUUUUUAGAAUGUAUAUUAAAUCAAAAAGAAUGGAGUUAGAAUCAAUUUUGUUAAACAUAUUUAUAAUUAAAUCAAGAUGGAAGUACUUCAAAAUUAGAGAAAAUCAAUGGUAAUAUUAUUUCAAAUUUAAUGGAAUAAACCUUGAAUUAUGUGUAGAAUGUGUAAAAUCUAAUUUACUAGAUUAAAAUAAUAUCUAGUUAGAUAAUAAUUUUAAAUUACAACAAUUUAAAUAGUUUUGCUUCACUUAAAGUUCUAAUAAUAUAUGUUACAAAUGUCCAUUACCUUAUUGCAAAAUAUGUAGACUUUAAUUAACAGGAACAGUAUGUUUAUUAUGUGAAUGGGAUAGUGAAUUAACAAAUGGAUAAUGUACAAUUAGAAUUUGGAAUAAAGACAAAAAUUAUUGUAUAUUAUCCUAUUUUAUUUCUUCUACUAAGGAUUGUAAAAGAUGUUCUAUAAAUAAUUGUUUGCAUUGUUUUGAAUAUGUUUCUGAUAACUUAACAAAAUUUACACUUUACUGUAUUGUAAAAUAAUAUUUUUCUAAAUUAUUAUUUUAGAAUACUUUUUGACUUAUAAAUAAUCUCUAUUAAUAAUAAAUAUUAAAUCUAAAUCUUUUGUUGUUUAGUCCAUCUUAAAGAAAAGCAAAAAUAUUAUUAUUGGAUAUAAAAGUGAUUAAUUGUUUUUCAUUCUUAAAUCAAAUAAUUAAAGUCUAAUUUUCAUCAAAAAAAAACAAAAAAUAAUUUAAACUAAAAAUUUUAAAUAUUACUAUAAUUUUUAAAAAAUCAGCUAGGAUUAGAUAUUUUGAAUAAUUUGGACAAUUUACUGAAAUUACAGAGAUUAAUAGAGAUAAUGGAAUGUUUAAUAUUAUAGGAGGAUAAGUUAUGAUUGACUAAUUUAUUAUUUAAGUUAUCAUAUUAUCCUAGAUUUUUUAAAUUAUUAAUUCAAAUAAAAUUUUGAUGAAGAAUGUUUAUAUAAGUGAUUUUUCUGCUUUAUAUUAACUACCAUUAAUUUUUAUUAAUUAAUAAUUAAAUUUGAUGGUUAUACUUUAAAACAUAAUGAUUUAAAGAUUUUCAAUAAAUUAAAUGAAUUAUAUUGAAGAAAACAUAUAAUAAUAUGUAGUUGUUGAAUGCCAACUUAAAAAAUUAAUCUUAGUUGAUGAUUAUAGUUCUUAAAAUUUUAUAAAAUAAAACAUCUAAUUAUUAUAGUAAUAAUCAACUAAAAUAGGUUAUCCAUUAAUUCAAUUUAUAAGUUAAGUUAAAACUAUUAGGUCAGGUUUAUUAUAAAUUAAGUAAAAUUAACACAAAUCAAUUGUUAAAAUUGUUCAAAGGGAAUUUUGUUUUUUCAUCUUAAUAUAUUUAAUUAUGUGAAAAUUAAUGAGUUUUUAUGUAUUUACAAUUCAAUCAAAGAGAAUGGAUGUUUACAUUUUAAAGGUAACUCCUAGAACUAUAAUAAAAAAGUUACAGUAUGUAAUUCUGAUUUCAUUUUAAAUAAAGGCAGUCAAGGUGGUGCCAUCAUGGCUGAAAAAUAAUAUUAUUUAUAAGCAGAUGCAAAAUAAUUGGAAAUACAGUAAGCUAGUUAGGAGGAGGUUUAUAUGCUAAUAUCAAUAAAUAUGAAAUUAAAAUAAAUAAAUCUAUUUUUAUUUUGA